AUGGCUCCGGACGUAGCUAAGAAUUUCAUUGUAGUUGGGAUUGGCUUUGGAACAACGUAUUCUGGAGUUGCGUGGGCAGAGUGCGACACGUCGGAUAACAUCGAAAUUGAAAUGGUCACAAGCUGGGACACAGACCUGCACGAUUGCUCAGACAAAGAGAAGGCGCCCACUCAACUGGGGUUUGGCGAUGGCUCUGAAACACCGUCUUGGGGAUAUGGCAUCCCACUAGACGAAGACUGUGUGCGGUGGUUCAAACUGCUGCUGCUCGGGGACAGAGAUGUGCCCAGCGAGGUCAAGGACUCUGCACAGUACCAAGUAGCGAAGUCCAUGAGCGCUAAGCACAAGAAGACCGCUACAGAGCUUGUGGCACUGUACCUGGGUUUCAUCUGGAGGCACUCCUUGGAGGCCAUUGAGCGCUCGGUUGGCGCGACACUUGUGCAGCUGUGCAGGUUCCGUGUCGUAAUCACUCUGCCAGCAAUUUGGCCUGCGUAUGCCCAGCAGAAAAUGAUGACAGCGGCCAAAGACUCUGGUAUACUUGCCAAGCGCCAAGCUGGUGAGACCAUGCUCAGCUUCAUCUCCGAGCCAGAGGCUGCCGCACUUGCCACCCUCACUGAUCUAUCGACACGCUCGUCUGUCAAGUCGCUAGGCGGUUUAUGUGGAGGCGUCUUUGUGGACGAUCAGUUCAUCGCAGCUGUAGAAGCGAAAUGGGGCAUUUUGAACUGGUCAAGCGCAAGUCACGGCGACAAGAAGCAGUUCAUCAACGACAACUGGGAGCGUGGGAUCAAACCGCAAUUCGCUAACCAGCCUGGCAAAACUUGGAGAGUCGUUGUUCCUGAUACCUGCAACUCAGAAGCAAACCCACGAGGCAAGCGCACCUGGACUACAGAAUUCACAUCUGAGGAGGUCCUAGCCAUGUUCGAUCUUUGCAUAGACAGAAUCAUCGAGCUCAUCAAGGCCCAAGGCGACGCUAUCAAGACGAAGCUGAGCACAACACCCACCUAUAUUGUUCUUGUCGGAGGCUUUGGUCGGUGCCGCUACUUGUUCGACCGAGUCAAGCAGCUUGCAAACGACUACGAUGCCGAGGUUCUACAAUCAAGAGAUGGCAAACCGUGGAGCGCGAUUGCGUGUGGUGCGGUCCUCCACGGGCUGAGCAUCAGCAAGGUCUCGGCGGGUAUGACAUGCACCGUCCGCGCGCGGAUUGCACGGGCGAGCUAUGGUAUUGUGUAUAACGAUGACUUUGAAGACAAGCGACACUCCAACGCAGACAAGAUGUGGAAUGAAAGGGCGAAGAGGUGA